AUGGGUGAUCGUUAUAAUAUUCAUAGUCAGUUGGAACAUUUACAAAGUAAAUAUAUUGGUACUGGUCAUGCUGACACCACAAAAUAUGAGUGGUUAACAAAUCAGCAUCGAGAUUCCUUGGCCAGUUAUAUGGGGCACUACGAUAUGCAAAAUUAUUUUGCUAUUGCUUUAAAUGAGACAAAAGGUAGAAUAAGAUUUGACUUAAUGGAACGUAUGCUGCAACCGUGUGGACCACCUCCAGAAAAACCUGAAGAAUAAUAUAUUUGAACUAAAAUAAAGAAAAUAAAAAUAUAAA